CAACCAUCUCACCCACGCAAGCAUGGACCGCGGUGCCGCACGAAGCAGGAAACGCUCGCAGAAGAUGGAUAAGGCGCCCAAGGCCGACCCAGUCGAGAGCAAUGCGCAACUUGCCAAACUCCUCCAGCCCACGAAGGGCAAGGACAAGGGAGCUGGCAAGGGGCGGCCACAACGCAAGCAGAAGGAGAGAGUCGACGCUGGGCCAGACCAGUACAAGGCGAAGGCUAUCCGCACCGCCCAUGCACUCGUGUAUGCACAGAGCGCGUUUGCAAUCCCGCCCCCGCCUGAGCGAUUGGAGGGCGUGACCCGCAUAGAUCUCGACGGCGCCGAGUGUACUGACGUCUCGUGGAUCCCGCCUAGCGUCACAUGGCUCAGCGUGAAAGGGUGUGCGGUGACGAAGGGGUGGGAGGUUGUUGGCGCACUCGAGGGCCUUACAGUCCUCAACAUCAGCAACUGCGGAUUGACGUCCCUCCCCUCUCCCCUCGCAGGCCUGAAGAGCCUCAAGGCACUCGUGGCAACAGGCAACGAGUGGACUGCGUUAAACGACGCCGUUGUAGCAGGCUGGAAGGAGCUUAACUCGCUCAUCGUCUCACAUUCGCCAAACCUCUCCUCUCUCCCAUCCAGCCUCGCCAGUCUCCCGCACCUCUCAAAGCUCGCUUUCAGCCACUGCCCGCGCCUGGACGCAGCCGGCCUCCCCGACCUCUCCCCGCUGCCCCUCCUACGGGACGUCAAGGCGAACAACCUCGCGCGCCUCUCCACGCUCCCGCCACACCUCGUGCGUUGGGGCACUGGCGACCUCGCCGCCGUCGGGAAGAGCGGCGACGGCGACGGUCUCGAAGUGCUGGACCUCGGCAACUGCUCGCUGCCGUACGCGGCCGUCGCGGGCGUCUUCGGCCUUUCGCGCCCCGGCAAAACGCCACGCUGGGCCCACCUUCGCAGCCUGACGCUCCGCGCCAACCCUCUGGCGGUGGAAGUACCUGCCUACGCCGACCAGCUGCAGGCGUCGCCAGACCUGCCAAAGCUGCAGAUUGUCGACGCGCGGCGCGUGAAGGAGCGCGCAAGGGCUGGCGAAGUCCAGAUGAGCCGGAGGGAGCGGAAGGCGCGCGAGGCGCAGGAGAAGAAGGCGCGGCCGACGGGCGCAAAUGGCUCGGGGGGUAAGAUGCGCGCGUGGGGCGCCCCUGAGAAGGAGGAGGCGGAGACGGAGGAGAGCGAGAAGAAGGAGCGGCGCCGGUCGGACGCAGCGGAGGAGCGGCCUGCGAAGCGGCGCGUGGAGGCCACCGAGCCGAAGGACAAGAAGAAGCGAAAACUCGACGGCCCGAAGGCUGAGAAGGCGGAGAAGCGGAAGCGUGAGGAGCCGGCGGCGGAGUCAGCGGCAGAGCCUAAGCGGAAGCGGAAGCACGGGCGGGGCGAGGAGAAGGAGAAGGGAAAGGCCGAAGCGAUGGCGGUAGCGACGCCGCACAAGCCCGUCGUCGUCGUCAAGGCUGCGCCGCAGGUGCGGGCUGCCGCGCCCGCGGUCGUGGCUACGCAUGUUGCGGUUGCGGACCCGGCGGCGCAGCGCGCCAAGAAGCCCGGACGGAGCGAGACGGCCGUAGUAGGCGUUGUGGAUGUCGCGCCAGCGCGGGGCGGACUGGACCUCAACGAGGCACUGAAGGAGGAGGAGGGGUCGGGGCUGGGGGCUGGGGGAUGGUAG